GAUAUCAUUCGCAUCGAACUCUUCGAGAUCUGCAAACCAGCCAUAAUUCAACAUGAAAUUCCUGAUCGUUUUCGUAGCCCUCUUCGCUUUCGCUUUGGCUAACGAAGCCCAAAUUCUUAACUAUGAAUCCGAUGUUGGACCCGAAAAAUUCGAUUAUAAAUAUAAGACCAGCGACGGCCAGGCGGCUAGCGCUAGGGGAGAGUUGAGAUACGCUAACACCGACCACGAGUCCCUCGCUGUCCAGGGAUCCUACCGCUUUGUUGCCGAUGAUGGCCAGACCUACGAAGUCAAGUAUGUCGCCGAUGAGAACGGAUUCCAGCCCCAAGGUGCCCAUCUGCCCGUUGCUCCCGUGGCUUAAGCUAUCCAAAGAGUUAACGAUCUCUUUUUAUUGUUUUACUGAAAAAUCCUUCAAUUAUUAAUAAAACCUCAACAGAUUGAUUAAAAAUACA